CGCAUUUUUCAGUUAGUUUUUGAGCAAAUCUCGAAACCUUCUUGAUAGAAUUUUAUUUGUUUGUGUUUAAUUGUUUUGACAUCACACACGCGUAAUGCGCGCGCGCGUACAAGGGCGCACACAUACACACGCACAAAAGAAAUAGUGUUUCUCAACAUUUGUUUCUUAUCACAUCGGAAACAGGUCAAAGGGCAGAUUGUUUUUCCACGUAUAACUAGCAGUAAGAAGAUAUAAAGCUGACUAAGUGCUAAUGAAAAAUAAAAUGAAUUUAUUAAAUAAAGUUCGUGUAAUUUUUAAUAAAUUAAGUAGUCGUUGUUAUAGUAGAAAAAUUGGUAUAAUCGGAGUGCCAUUUGACAAAGGACAAAAAAAAGAAGGAGUAGCCCGUGGACCCGAAGUGAUAAGAGCAGCGAAGUUGAUACAGGAAUUAACAACAUUAGAUUUAGAUGUACGAGAUUACGGUGAUAUAUCUUACGAUGUAAAAAAUACAAAUGAUAUAAACAAUAUGUCAUACUUGGACCACGUGGCAAGUUGUACGAGUCGGUUGUCCGAACAAAUUCGACAAGUACUACAAGAUGGCAGGCAAGCGUUAACGAUUGGCGGUGAUCACAGCUUGAGUAUCGGUACUAUCGAUGGACACGUGAAGGCAAAACAAGAUGUGGCAGUAAUAUGGGUGGAUGCUCAUGCGGAUUUAAAUACCAACAAAACUAGUGAAAGCGGUAAUGUGCAUGGGAUGCCAGUGGCAUUGUUAACUUCAGAGCUAGCCGACUACUGGCCAUAUUUACCAGGCAUGGACUGGCAAAUGCCAAUGCUCUCUAUUAGAAAUAUAGCUUAUAUUGGUUUGAGAUCUGUGGAUUCCUAUGAAAGAUUAAUAAUUGAAAAAUUUGGCAUCACUGCUUUUGGCAUGGAGGAUAUAGAACGCUAUGGUAUUCACGACGUGAUGCACAUGGCACUCAAUAAAAUUGAUCCUCAUAGCUCGAAAUCUUUGCAUGUCAGUUUUGACAUAGAUGCAUUAGAUCCACUUGAGGCACCUAGCACUGGAACUCCAGUUCGCGGAGGAUUAUCUCUUAGAGAAGCGAUUCAUCUAAUGGAAGAAAUAUAUAGAACUCAUAGACUAAGCGCUAUCGAUCUGGUAGAAGUUAAUCCACAAAUUGGUAGCGAACAAAAUGUGAAAACUACUGUGGAAGCUGCUAUAUAUAUCAUUCAAGCUGCUUUUGGAUAUACAAGACGUGGCUUGAAAGUGCCAGUAGGUGUUACAGAUAUGCCUUUGCAAACAUUUCAUUGAUAUAUUCUUUUAAAUAAAUAAACAAUAUACCUCAUGUGUUCCAUAAUAUUGUGCGCACUGUCUUUUGUAAAAAUAUUUUCUAUUUUUCUGAAUUAUAUAUGUUAUUUAAAGCAAUGAUAUAUAGUCCUUGAUUUUAAAUACAAUUUUUA